AAGAAAACCAGAACACAUACAAGAACGAUUUUUCGAGCAACAUCCAAGAACAACAAACAGCCUCCUCUCCCUGCGCUUUUCUGACGGAUGGACGGCCACGCGAACGAGUCCAACGGGCGGUUGGAGAAGACGGGAUGCUCGGAGCUUGUCGAAAGCGUGCACGCCUGCUCACGCUCGUUGAAGGACCAUCUCGCACAGCAACCACCACCUCCUCAACAACACCCCUCGACCUCCCCUUCUUCCCGAUCGGCGACCUCGUCGACCAACGAGCUCUCCCGCAAAACAAAGAUCAAGCUUCAGGGCUUGCUGGCCGAGUCCUUGGAUGACUUGCUUGCUGUUUAUGUGGACUUGAUGGUUGGGUCGGUAGAGGACCGAGUGAUGAAACCUGAACUGGAAAACUUGCGCACGUAUUUCCGACGAACGGCACGGAGUUCGAAGUCGCAAGAGGGGCGACAGGAACUGAUAGGAGGAACGAGUCGGCGAUUCAUCGAGCAUGGAGUAGGAGGUGGACGACGGGGGCGUGGAGGGCCUAAGACUGGCUCGAGUUCGACCUCGUCUCCAACGACGCCCAAAGCUCGACAAGAUCCCGACGGAGAGGGAGAUGAUGAUGAGAGCCUGAAUGGGCCUAAGAAGGCUCGGCUGGCCGCGCCUGAGAUCGAGGAAAAGAUCCGCGCCGGCCGUCUAGCUCAUCAUCCUGACUUGCCCCAAAUCAGACAGGUCGUUAAAACUUCCCAUCCUUGUCAUAAAGAUCACACUCCCCAAGAGAAAAAUGAAGAGGACGAAGAAGAUGAUAGUGAUGAUGAUGGCGAGUUGAAAGUUUAUGACGAUUGAUGAGGAGAAUCCUCAGAAUGUUGUUAGUAACUCACUCAAACUUGUAAUGAGCUAUUGUCUUUGUUUGACUGUUCAACAUUUCUCAGUAUCAUGAAUGAUCACCAAGUUCACAUGGCUUAGUUGAAGAUCCCUUUAAGCAUCGGAAGCUUCUAUGUAGUCGUCACCAAUGGCGAGUUUCUUUCGAGAUUCACUGUUGGUAUGGGUUGAGUUGUUUGCAAGCUCAUUGCAGUCCCACUAAGAUUUUGAUAU